AUGCGCGUUAGUCUAGAAGAUUCGAAGCGGUAGAAAGGGUUGUUUUCUAAGUCACGAAAAAAAAGAUGGCUUGCAUUGUUUUAAGAAGGGCUGCUGGAAUUCUUCCUGUAACUUUACGCAGUGCAGCUGGAAAUAUUCACAAACUGCAAGCUCAAGCUUCGAGAUCGUACAGUUUAACGAGGCAUCUUUUGGGAGAAAGGAAAUUUACCAAGGAGCAUGAGUGGGUGUCCGUGGAUAACGGAAUAGCAACAGUCGGUGUCUCCAAUUAUGCACAAGAAAAGCUUGGGGAUAUUGUAUUUGUCCAAAUGCCUGAAGUAGGAGAUCACUUUGAUAAGGAUACUGAGUUUGGGGCUCUUGAAAGCGUUAAGGCUGCAAGUGACUUAUUUUUGCCUCUAACUGGAAAAAUCUCAGAGAUCAACACUUCACUGGAGGAAACACCAUCACUUGUCAAUGAGUCUCCGUAUGACAAUGGUUGGAUAGUAAAGAUGGAAGUUGAGAACCCGUCAGAGCUUGACGAUCUCAUGGAUGAGAAAGCUUAUGACGAUUUUUUGGAAAAUAUAGAGAAUUAAGAAUAUUCAAAAUUGUUAGGUAUCUUUUUGAAGUCACUAAGUGUAUAAAACUCACUGUUUGUACUGUAUCAGCUGCAUCAUAUAGCACACUCUGCCAUAACAAGUGAAAUUUAAAAAUUGAGGCAACUAUUUGGUGCCUAUAAACCACAAAAUAAUGUUUUAGCUUAAAUGAUUAAAUAUUGUUCUUAAAUUUCAUUUAAAUUUCAUACGAUUUUUCUUACAAUCUAUGAUAAGUAGAUCACUGAUGAAAAUAUACAUUACACAUUUAGGGUUGGUAUCCAUGUGAUAAGGCCAUGAAUAAAAACCAUACUGGUAAACUGGAAAUUGUAAACUGGAAAAUGGUAAACUGGAAAGGGUGUUAUUGUAUCAAUCCUAAAUGUGUAAUAGGUAAAUUAUUACAUGUUAAGAGCCUGAUAUUUUCUUCAAUUUUUUUCCAUAUCACUCAUUCACUUGCGGACUUGCUCGUUCUUGAUGUGAUAUGAAAACUCUUAAAUAAAAAUAAUAUCAAGUUCUUAACGUGAUCUCUAUUUAGUAAUCAGUAUUAUAAAAAAUUUGAUAUGAAUCUCACGUUCUGAUUGGUUGGAGGGCAAGCUUUAUGAGAGCACACAGCAUGCACACGCACUUUCAGUUGAGUCAUCCUCAUCCAAAAUAUUAGUUAUUGUAAGGUAUUUUAUAAACGAAAUGAGAACUUGCUUGCUGUGAUGUGUGGAGUUACUGAAAGCACUUGGGGAUUGGUGGAAAACUUGAGAAGUGUUGAGAAACACUCUGCUACACAUCAUGCUUCCUCCUUACACUUCUCUCAUGUUCUGCCAGCACCAACUGCCCCCAGCACACAUGCCCAUUUUUUAUUUCUUCAAUAUUGUUUGUGUAAAAACACAUUAAAGCCAGCUCUUAAAGUC